AUGCUAGUGUGCCGGCAUUGGGCUGCUGUAAUACUUAACGGGAAGAUUUUCUGGAGUCGCCCGCUCUUCUCCAAGAAGAGGUCGGCUCAGACAACACUAUCACGGUCCGGUGAUGCUCCCCUCAUUGUUCGACACGUGUUGUCAAGGCACGCUGAUCACACUUGGUUCCUCAAUUUUAUGGGCCCAGGUCAAGGGUUUUCGCGAUGUCGCGAAGUUGUCAUUCAGGCGCACACACCACCCAACUUUCUCCAGCUCAUAGACUGUUGGCCUUCCGCCACACCGCUGCUCGAGGUGUUGGCACUCAGCGUGGACCAUGUUCCCUGGUCUAUCCCUCUCCCCACAAAGCUCUGGCAACCCGCAAUGCAUCUAAGAACACUGGCGCUAGUGGACUGCGUGCUUGAAAGCUGGCACCCCGUCUCUAUGCUCAAUUUGACAACAUUCAUUUAUAUCUCAGAAGGCCCCUUCGCUUCAAGUUGCUAUCCCAGUGGUCCUGAUAUGAUGGAUUUCUUACAAUGCGCACCCAACCUGAGAACACUCGUACUCCGUGGUCCUUGCGUUUAUAACCGUUCAGAAGAUCCCGUAUUCGAGCCUGGUGUUGUAGCGGUCCUGAACCGCUUGUCCAGGGUGUCCCUCUCUGGGCGCCGAAUGUCUGUGCUUAAUCUCCUCCAGCACCUUUUAUUUCCUUCCACUGCAAUUCUAGAGUUGCGAUUAGAUUGCAAGUUCGAAUCUGAAGACGCUGAUACCGUGUCACGUCACUUCCAUGAAGCGAUACGGGAACACUAUCAAGCAACGUUGCUCCCUUUGGAUACGCAGACAAACACGGAUGUUGUUGCUCAUGAAGGCUCUUUUCCCAUCCUCGACCGCGUCUUCAUUGAAUAUGACUCGGCGGACUACAUUGGGCAUGAGGCCACCAUCACAGGCUAUAUCACAGAUGCCAAUAACGAGCCACAUCCUUCUAUCUCCAUCAUACUCACUACUUUCGGAGCAUAUCCCAAUUACCUUGCCCCACACAUCCUCCGAGAACUACGGCCUGACGCCGUAACAACACUCAGCCUUGGUUCUCCAGACGUUGACCCUACACACGGACUGGAUAUAUGGCAGAAUCUCUGGCGGGCUGUGCCUGCGGUAGAGGUCCUCAAUAUCAUCAACUUCCCCUUAUGUCACAAACCCUUUAUACGCUCGCUCUCAUCAUAUGCCACUGGAGCUGAUUCGGAUGGCUGUCCGUUGCCCGCGCUGGAGGAGCUGCAUAUUCGCCACGGGCUGAGCCUGCACGAAGCGCUUAAAGCACGGGCUGAUAGGGGGUCCCGUUUGCGGUUGCUGAAGUUUACAGUUCGUGGAGAGGAAAUGAACAUGGGCCUAGAGGAUCAAAUGAGACUGAAUGAGUGGGUCGACGAGAUUAUUUGGGAGACGGAUUGA